UAUGAGCUAGGUUAAUGUAAUGCAGAAUCACUCGUGAAAACUUACCAGCUACCUGCAAGUCCGGUAGGAUACAUUUAAUCCACGAAAACACAUCAUUGAAGAAGAAAGAAAGAAUGGCGGACACAGAACUUACCGAGCAGACCGGAGCACAGUAUGACGCGGCCCAGGAGAAAUAUGGCGGAGAGGAAAACAAUGAUGACGAUAGAAAAUUAUUUGUGGGAGGUCUUAGUCUGAAAGCAACAACUGAAGAUCUACGUGACUAUUUUGGAAAAUUUGGUGAAGUAGCCGACUGCACAGUGAAGACAGAUGUUUAUUCAGGCAGAUCAAGGGGAUUUGGUUCUGUCGUUUUCAAGGAUAGUUCUGGUAUGGAAGCUGUAUUAAGUUACAAGGAAGAUCAUGUUAUACAAGGUAAAACCAUAGAAGCAAAGAGAGCUGUGCCUGAGAGUGGCAGUGAUUCGUAUUCAAGGAAGAAGAUAUUUGUUGGUGGAUUAUCUCAAAAUAUCUCAAAAGAAGAUUUAAGGGUAUACUUUUCAGAGUUUGGAAAGGUUGAGGACAUUUUUCUUCCAUUAGACAGUUCGACGGGCGAAGGAAAAGGUUUUUGUUUCAUUACAUUUGAGAGUGCUGAGGUCGUUGACAAAAUAUUAGAAAAUCCCAGUGCGACCAUUGGCGGGAAAGUGGUUGAUGUGAAGCGUAGCAAGGCCAAUGAGGAACGUAGAGGAGGAGGUAGAGGAGGAUUUAGAGGAUAUGGAGGCAGGGGAAGAGGACGUGGUGGACGGGAUGAUAAUGGUGGUGGCUAUGGUGGAUACAACCAGGGCUAUGAGCCUAACCAGGGCUAUGGUGGAUACAACCAGGGCUAUGGUGGAUAUAACCAAUAUGGUGGCGCAAACAACAACCGGGGCUUUGGUGGAAAUACCCCAUAUCGUGGCGCAAACAACAACCGGGGCUUUGGUGGAUAUACCCCAUAUUAGUGGCGCAAACUACAACCAGGGCUAUGGUGGAUACGGAGGCAUGAAUGAAGAGAAGUAGGUGACAAAAAGGUUGGAUGGGAUGCAGUAAAAGUGAACGGUGGUUUCAGUUCUGUGCGUUUCAGCAGCCUGUAGUCGAUGACUUUAUCUCUAUUAGAUGUGAACAUUUUUGUCUCAGCUUGUUUUCAUUUUGACAGAAUACAUUUAACAUACCAUCAAAAUGACAAGGAAAUGACUGGAAGUAUCUGCAUUCAAGUCAUUCUGCAUCAAGCAUUUACGUUUUUUCUUCACGUUUUGCACAAACUUCUAGCAAAGAUUAGUAAAAUCUAUUUCAAAUCUAGUGUUUGAACACUGUGAUCCUAAAGUAGCGAUUGAUUUAAUUAUAGCAAUUGAUUUUAUUUAUUAAUAUUUUUUAAUGCUGUAUAAAUUGGUCUUUGCUUUUUAACAAAUUUCAUACACUGUUGCUGAGAAGAGACAGUACGACGAAGUAACGGUAAAGGGAUGUAUGCUUUAAAAUUGACUUUAUUAUUAACAUUAACUUUAAGAAACGAUUGAGAAGACUGAUGUCAAUAUGGCACUAAUAAGCCAUGCAGGAGAAGAGGACAGAAGUUUGUUCUUUUGAAACUUGGUUUCUUAAAAACACGUUUGUUUGUGGAAGGUAACAAGAAUACGCUUCUCUGGAACUGGUGUUUCUACUAAUCAAAUGGAAGACUUUUUCUAAUAAAAUUAGAA